UCUGUUCCGCUCUUACCUGCCGGGACAAGCCCCUUUCGAGAUGAAGCCAGUCAUGACGCUGACGCGCACUCGGGAGCGCGCACUCGGAGACGGUGCCUCUCCUCCACAUAAGAAGCAGGGGACAGUCCGGAUGCUCCGCACAUCCCUGGGAGCGGACUACAGAGGCGCAACUACUACCAUACUGCUGCUGCUGCUGCUGCUGCGCUGCGUUUCGGUCCAGUCCGCUGUCAGCCUGCAGCCUUAUGACCGAGCUGCUCUUUAGACCCUAAACUACAUCAGAGGAAGGCAACGACAAACAAACACAAAGUGACGCUGUGCUGGACAGACCAUGUCUCUCUCCCGAAGUCUGCUGCUGGCGUUCCUGUUUGCCACCCUGGCUCUGUCACACGGCGCUGAGCCGGGAGCCCCUCACGGCAAGAGGAGACAGGCACACACCUCAGCGGGCGGCAGCAACGCCCUGCAGCACCCUCUGCACACUGCGCAGGGCCACGGCUACAGCAGGGACCGCGGGGGGCACGGGGGCCAGGGGGCCCGCACCGCUAAAGGUGGAGCCGGGCUGCUCUCCCACAGGCCCCUGCACCCGCUGAACCGGCCGGAGGACGAUGGGGCAGGCCUGGAGGGUAUGAGCCCCGUGAGGGUGGAGAUGGGUCCUGGCAGGGACAGGGACAGAGUUCGUGUGAAUAUGAAGAGUCCGUCUCAUGUUCGUGAAAACCAGCUUCAGGGGACGCGCAAGGGGAGAGGGCACGGGAACGGGAACGGCCACGGGCACGGGCACCAUUCAGAGCACAGGAGACAAGGGAGCCGACGUGACAAGGGCCGGCACAGAAAAGGUUUUCCUCCGGAGCCAGAGCUGAUCUCUGCGAUGAAGGACAGAGGUCUGUUCGAGGAUCCUCUCUCCUCCUCCUCCUCCUCCUCCUCCUCCUCUUUUGCCACCUCCCCCUCUCUCAGCAUGACCCCACCCAGUGAACCUCCCUCCCCCAUCUUCAGCGUCUUUGGCUCCGGCUCCUCCAUGGUUACCACGGUGAUGAACGAGCAUCCCCCAACGCUGCCCCCGGCCUCCACCAAACCCCAGAGGUCCGGACGGGGAAAAGGACAAGGAGAGGUGAUGCCGACGUUGGACAUGGCGCUCUUUGACUGGACCGACUACGAGGACAUGAAACCCGCGGACACCUGGCCGUCCACCAGGAAGAAAGACAAGAGGCGGAGUAAGAACCUCAGCAGCGGGAAUGUGACUGCAGAUGCUGAUGCAAUCGAGCCGUGUGACCACCACCUGGACUGUCUCCCAGGAUCCUGUUGUGACCUGAGGCAACACGAGUGUAAAGCUCACAACAGAGGCCUCAACAACAAAUGUUACGACGACUGCAUGUGCGAGGACGGGUUUCGCUGUUACGCUAAGUUCCAUCGGAAGCGGCGUGUGACCAGGAGGAGGGGGCGCUGCGUGGUGCCAGAGUCGGUGAGCAGUGACCAAGGAGGCUUCAUCACUAUAUGAAGAGGAGGAGGAGGAGGAGGAGGAGGAGGUGAAGGACACGAUGAAGCAUGAACCCAUGACUGAUCUGACCUAGAAGACAGGACAGCCACUUGACUAAUGGACCGAAAACUUAAAGGUGACGGCUUGUUUCUUUUUUUUCCUUUUGUUUUUUUGGAUCAGUUAAAGCCACGAACAGCAGCCCAGCAAAGUACCAUAAUUUGGACUUCAGCACCACAGGAAGAAGGGUUUUACUAAAUCCACUAACUUUUAAGAGAUGUGUUUUUAGUUGCUUUUAUUUGGCUCAAAAUAUUCACACAGAUUAAGUUUUUUUUUUUUUUUUUACCACAGUUACAGUUGUUGUUGAUGUGGCUUUAUUUUCAAGCACAUACUUUUUUUUUUGUUGUUGAAUUUUGAAAAACCCUUCUUCAGUCCCACAGUUCUGCUCUUCAUCCGAAUGUCUCCGUCCUGCUGACCCAUCAAAAGCUACUAAUAAUUUUUAAUUCUGGUUUGACGUCUUUGGAGUCCCAGAUCAGUGGGUUUUACUGCUUCAAGGCCAUUCAGAUCCAGUUAAAUAAGUUUGCUCUUACACAAAAAAAUAUUUUGGAAAAAAAAAAAAAAAAUCAUUUAGUCUCAUGGCCUCCACGCUGAGCUGGUUCUCCAAACAAGUGCUAAAAAUUAUUUGUAAAUGCUGUUUGAACAGGUCCGCUGCCCUGCACUGUAAAUAUGAACAUCUUUCAUUUGCCAACAACAUUUUAUUUUUUUUUUUUAUUGACACGACUAUUCAAAUGUACUUAACGGUAGUAUGAUAAACAAAGAUGCUUGUUCGACCUUCAUUUAAAUGUCCUAAUAUAUGUUUUAUUUAUUCUGUGCUUAAACUUGUUUGUCUAUACGGUGUGUUUUUCUGCCUUUUCUGUUUUCAUGAUUAAAUACUUACUAGGAUAAACGCUGA